AUGAACACUCUCAAGGUCCACCAAGGGAGGCUAGAGAACCUGAAUGAUCUCACUUUCUACCGCAACUUCACCGAGAACAUCUUGCCCCUUCCAGAAUCGACAAUCAAUGUCGCUGUGCGAAAUGCUAAGUACGUGCCACUGGCACCUCGACCCCCUAGACCUCCAGUUCUCCGCACUCCAUCAGGACACCGCAUUCUAUGUCCCAAACCCGGCACAGCCCUACCAAACAACAACUCGCCUGGAAAAGGUCCUCAGUCUGGCUUUACAAUGGGAACUCACACCCUUGAGCCGAUCCAGGGGGAACACUUCCCCGACCUUGGCCUGCACGCGAGUAAAGAUUGGCUCCCCUUUCUCUUACCAAAGCAAGAUCGAACCGUUGACUUAGAGAAAUUGGCGGCGGAGGUCCGCCGCCUGGAAGCCUCUUGUCGUCGACGCACUGGAGGACGAGGCCCACUGCCGGCUCACAAUUGGGUUUGGCCUGAAGCUGCCCCCUUCAGCACAAUAGGGAUAUCCACCUCUGUUCCGGGAGCCUCUGUGUGGCACAUUGACGACGCCCCGGGCGGAACGGAUGAUGAGAUGCAGGGCGUUGAAAUGUGGACUAGCGAACAGUACGGUCCUGGUGAAACUUCGACUGUGGCAUCAGCCCCGCAAGCUCAGGCCGACAGGGGAGUACACAACCAUCCGCUUGAAGGGGCGCAGCUACAGCCUGAUCCGCUACCCAGCUUUGACUGUUUCUUACGGAACACGUUUGAGGGAGUUAAUCCACAGCAGGAGCCGCUGCCUCCGGGUUCAGUCGGCUUCUUCAACAUGUCUCCCGAGCAUGAGACUGCUUCCGCCGGAGGACCUAUCUUUCCAGGGCCAUUGAAGUGCCGCGAAGAGUUCGAGCCGGGCUGUGCAUCAUCUUCUACCGGAGGUACAAAGGCAAGAAACCGCGCCCGCGUUUACAAAGGAAAACAAAAGUGUAGUUCCUAUCGCUGA